AUGGCUCCUCGCAAAACCACCACCACCAAUCUCUCCUCCACCACCACUUCCUCCGCCUGUCCAUCACCAAAGCCUGCCUGGGCAUCUUUUGAUAUGGACGACUUUUCGGAUUGCUCGAGCCUGAGCUCUGUACCAUCAUCGCCCAUUGCACCCGAAGGCUUCUCCUUACCCUCCCCAGACGAGACUAGCGGCGGCCCCAGCCAAGAUGACUUGCCGCCCGCCAGAAAGAAGCGCCGAGUGGCCGCCCCGAAAGAACGCCAAACACAACGUCUAGAUCUCUCCGCCAAUGCAGGCCUUUCCUAUGGCGAACAGCAAUCGCAAAUCGAUCUUCUUGUCAAGACUCUUCGGCGCCAUCGGAAAAUCGUCGUGAUUGCUGGAGCAGGCAUCUCCACAUCCGCAGGCAUCCCCGAUUUCCGCUCUGAUGAAGGUCUUUUCAGGACCUUGCAAAAGAAACAUAACCUCAAAGCAUCCGGCAAGCUUUUGUUUGAUGCUGCCGUCUAUCAGGAUGAAGCGUUGACCGCUUCGUUCCAGGACAUGGUACGGUCGCUGUCUGAGGAGGCCGAGAAGACAUCCCCAACAGCCUUCCACCACAUGCUUGCCCGACUAGGUCGCGAAAACCGUCUUACUCGCCUAUACACACAGAACAUUGAUGGCAUCGAGACAUCAAUGCCGCCCCUCGCAACGCAGAUCCCUCUGAAUGUCAAAGCGCCAUGGCCGCGCACCAUCCAACUGCACGGUAGUCUUGAAAAGAUGGUUUGCCAAAAGUGCCGGCACACCAGUACCUUUGAUCGCGCCAUGUUUGACCGCCCCGAUGCUCCUGAGUGCCCGGAGUGUGCCGUGAACAAUCAAUUUCGCAUGGAAACGGGUCAACGCAGUCAUGGAAUUGGCAAGAUGAGGCCACGAAUUGUCCUGUACAACGAGCACAACCCAGACGAGGAAGCGAUCACUUCUGUCAUGAAUGCCGAUAUCCGUUCGCGUCCGGACGCGCUCAUAGUCGUGGGAACCAGCCUCAAGAUCCCUGGAGUGCGUCGCCUAGUGAAGAGUCUCUGCCAGGUGAUUCGCAGUAGGAAGAACGGUGUUACCAUGUGGAUCAACAACGAGCCACCAUCCGGCAAGGAAUUUGAGGACUGCUGGGACUUGAUGGUCAAAGGUGACUGUGAGGAGGUGGCACGACUGGCCCAAUUGAAGCGAUGGGACGAUGAUUCGGAGCAGGUAUUCAACGAAUGCGAGUCCUCUGAAGUCGAACGGAUCAAGACCGAGCAGGGUCCUAUUUCUAUUGUAAUCCGAACCCCGAAGAAGACGAAGACCCAACCCCAGACCGGUAUGCUCACGCCGUCCAGCUACGAUGGGGACGCCUCCGAGAACCCACCCGUCACGAACCCGGCCAGCAAGGGACGAAAGCUCACCGAGAUUCUCAAGGCCAGCAAAAAGGAGGCCCCAAAGGCCGCGCCCAAAAAAACAGCCGCCAAGAAGCCCGCUCCCCGGAAGAGAGCAACAAAGGCCCAGCCAGCGAAGAACGCGAAAAUCACAACCUUCAGCAAGGUCACGAAGGGUCAAAAGGCCGUAUCCGACGAGAAAUCCGUCAAGCUCGAAAAGGACGAGCACCACAAGGCAAUGCACCCAUUGCCAUUGGGAGCGGCGCGCAACAACGGGCCCAUGUUCCCUCAUUUGGUAUCCAAGGGCGAUACCAAGGGGGCAGUCGAGACACCGCCCAGGAAUCAAUGGCGCGACCCCGAGACAAUUUCCCCGAAGUCCAUCCCCAAUGGAAUGAGCGAUUUACUCAACCAGCCAAGCUCUUGA